UUCUCCCAACGCUCUCUCUCUCUCAAUCUCACUCAUCACUCUCAGCUCAAUCAAUACUCACCGAAAUCUGAAUCUAAUACGAAAACUGAUCGGAAUCCAUGGCCGGCGGAGAGCCCUGGAGCUUUACGGCGAGGCCGUGCGACUCCUGCAAGGCGGCGCGGGCCGCCGCCUACUGCCGCGCCGACAACGCCUUCCUCUGCGCGUCGUGUGACGCGCGCGUGCACGCAGCCAAUAAAGUCGCGUCGCGCCACGCGCGCGUGGUGGUCUGCGAGGUCUGCGAACACGCGCCGGCCGCCGUGACCUGCAAGGCCGACGCCGCCGCCCUCUGCCACGCCUGCGACCGCGACAUCCACUCCGCCAAUCCUCUCGCCCGCCGCCACGAGCGCCUCCCCGUCGUCCCCUUCUACGACGCCUCCGCCGCCGCCGCCGCGAAACCCUCCCGAUCUGGCGAGUUCUCCGAGGAGGAGGCCGAGGCCGCCUCCUGGCUCCUCCCGGAUCCGAACGCCAAACCAGAUACGGAUCCCGGGUCGCCCGAGUGCAAGUCCGCUGAGUAUUUGUUCACCAAUAUGGAUCCUUAUCUGGAUUCGGAUCUAAUGCCCGGGGCGCAGAAGCAGAGCCAAGGCGAAGUUAAGCAGUAUUCUGCAGACGGCGUCGUACCCGUUCAGCACGAUGGAGGAUACGGGUCGGGUCAGUACCCGGGUCCAGUGGUUGACGGGUACCCGACUUACGAUAUGGAUUAUCCGGGAUCCAAGCCUUUCAUGUACAACUUCACAUCACAGUCCAUUAGCCAAAGUGUAUCUUCUUCGGAAGUCGGCGUCGUCCCCGACCACAAUGCGAUGGGCGACGUAUCGAAGACCGAAGCGAUCAUCCCGUCCCCGCUAUCGGGGGUCGAUCGAGAAGCCCGGGUUUUGAGAUACCGAGAAAAGAGAAAGAAUAGAAGGUUCGAGAAGACCAUAAGGUAUGCCUCGAGAAAGGCAUACGCGGAAACGAGGCCGAGGAUCAAAGGGAGAUUCGCAAAGCGAUCGGAGCUCCAAGGGGAUUCGUUUCUUACAAGCGAUGUGUCGUACGGUGUUGUCCCGACUUUUUAGUCGAGGGUUGUCUCGUCGAUGUGCAUUGUGAUUGUUGUAUAUAUAAUGGCAGUGUGUUUUUGAUCGAUGCGACUGAGUUUUGAACAUCGAUUUUGUAGCAAUGUUGUCUUUUUUAUGUAUAAUGUUAAGAAGUUUUUGGGUCA